CGGGCGGAAGCGCCGCCCCGCGUGGGUUUCCCCAGCGGCGCCGCCGAGGCUUCCGCCAUGGAGGGGCCGCGGUCGUGGUCGAGCUCGGGGGGUGCGGGGCGGCCGCUGACGGAGGACGAGAUGGCGGAGGUGAAGAAGGAUGCUUUAGAAAGGAUGCGUCCUUAUCUGUGUGAUAAAAUCAUAGCUGAGAGACACUUUGAUUACCUACGUUCUAAGAAAAUACUCACCAGGGAGGACACAGAAGAAAUUUCUGCUCGAUCUUCCAGUAGGAAAAAAACUGGGAAGUUACUGGACUACUUAGCAGAAAAUCCAAAGGGACUAGAUGCUUUGAUUGAAUCUAUCAGACGAGAAAGAACACAAAACUUCCUGUUAGAAAAGAUAACUGAUGUUGUGUUGAAAGUCAAAAAUGAAAAGCUUGAAGCUCUUAAAGGUUUAAGCUGCAGCACCUGUAUGACCUCACUGUAUGGAGGAACAAAUAAUCUUUCUAGAUCAUAUUCUGAUGAAUCUAAUUUUUUGGAUAAAACAAAAGACAAAGAAUCUACCCAGAUACAUCACCCAGAAGAAGAUUAUAGCACUGCUGCAUUUGUGUCUGCUGUCUCUCUUCAUUCAAUGAAUUUACCGAUUGCAGAGAUGGGAAAUUCACAGUGCAGUGUUUUCUCAGCCACCCUCCCAGGGCCUGGAGACCCUGGUGCACCCCCUCUGCCCCCAGAGCUCCAGUCAGAGGAGCAAGAGCCAUGCAGUGGUUCAAGUGACAAUUGCUUUUUGCCUUUAAGAUCACGUUCUGUUCAACCACAGUGAACACAGUGACUUUCAUCUGAAUGGUACUGAAACUUUGUUGAUGUCUCAUAAGGGUUAAAAAAUGUUUUCAAACUGUUAGAAAAAUUGGAGGAAAUCUAUCUAUGCAAUUCCUGUUUUAAUUUUGUAAUUGUUUGAUGCUGGAGCUGCUUGAUCUUUUUUUGUUUGCUUUUGUUCUUUAGGGAGCUUUUUUUUCAAAAUAUUGUGGUGUUAUACCGGCAAAUGUUUGUUUUUUAAACCAUUGUUUAUAUAAGAUUUCAUAUUUAGUUGCAGAUACUUUAGCUGGAAUUAUGAACAAAUAUGCCUUAUCUUUCUGUAGAAACAAAUCAGCUUUUCUUAAUGUUUCUGUGAUGGGCGAACUGGGAAAGGUGGUUAGGAAAAGUACUGAGUAUGGAAAAAAAAAUCUGAACUAAAAGCUUAAGCUUACUUACCAGAAGGCUUAAACUCAUUUACCAAAUUAAAUGUUUCUAAUUAGGAUAAAUUCUGCUCUCCAUGUAUGUGUGUGCUGCUCCAUUUGCAAAAAACCUCACAAAUCUGGCCAAAUCCACGCUUAUUAGCAAAGAGUCUCUUCCUUGUGUGAACUUUGUCCUACUGGUAAAGCAAAAGGCAGCAGGAUUGCAAAUAUACUUCUGCAGGCCUUGCAUAUUCUGCUUGUAUGUUAGUUAAAGAUUCCUGAUUUGAGAUGCACUUUAAAUACAAAUUCUCUCUAGUACUGGAAAAGGAAUGUAAACUAAUGGCAUCACGAGGGCUGUAGGAAAACAUUAUUGUGGGAUGCUGUUAAGGAACAAAGCUUGUAUGCUUUGUCCCACUGGGGAAGUGGAGGAGGAGUUGUGUGACAAGCAAGUAUCCGUACCUGAAGGACUCUUGGAAAUAUGGCACUUCAGAUAACUCCUCUUCAAAGCAGACAGACAGGUUUACAUUUCAAAUUGUUUAGAGUCAAAUACAUUUUAAACUGUUUCAACAUGGGAAGGUUCUCAUUUCUUGCCAUCAUGUAACAUACUGUAUUUCUCUGGAAUUGUAGCCUACCUUUUGUGCAGGUGCCUAUAAUCAUUUCAAAGUGACCUGGUGGAUUCUUAGUUUGACAUGUGUACAGUUGUGUUCUGCAGUACUACACUUUAAAGUGAUGGGAUGUUUUCAGUGUAUUGAAGGGUAGGUUUGUAUUUAAGGCCCUAAAUUAUUUUGGCUCUCAUACUAUGUAUAGCCUUGUAAUGCCAUUCCAAUGCACACCCGGGUAAUAGUACUAAACUGUUCUCCUUUUGUGGAGACAGGCCACCUGCAGGACCUUAGUGUAGUCUCUAUAAAUUGUUUUUCAUUAUUAUUCUGGUUUUGGAAGUAGAUUAAAAUAAAAUACAAUGUUCAACUGCACUCCAUCCCGAGUAUAUGAACAUCUCACAUGUGAGAAAGAUAUGUUUAUAAAAAUCCUUGUUUUCCUCAUCUACAUCUACAGUCAUAGACUGUCUGGACAGUGAAAGUGCUUUUCAGUGAAACUGCUUCGAUUAGAUGGCACUCUGGAAAUUAAGUGCCUUAAUAUGCAUGCCAGACUUUGCUCCUUAACAUGAAAUUAAGGAUAGGAUGAACUCCCUCUCCUCCAUGAACUUGAAUUGUAAUUGCACAUACUUGGGACAUCUAAAAAGUGAUUUGUCUGAAUGCCCACGGUAACCACUUGCAGUUAAGAGCUUAAGAGCUGUACUGAGGCUUGAGUCCCUUCCUGAAUUCUUGUAAAGAGAAGAGAGUGAGCAGGGUUGGGCUCAACAGAGAACAUGCAUCAGCUCAGGAUGGAGGCUGCCUUGCUGCUCCCCAUCCUGGCUGGCACUGUGUGCAGCCUGCAGGGACCACUCCCAGUGGAGCCUACAAACCUGAGACCUUGAGUGAAUGUAUUAUCUUAGCAAAUGUUUAUAAUGUGCAUUUUUAAUAUGUUUUAUCACAACUUUUGGAAUAAAUUCUUUUGUAUAAUUGCCUGUU